GAUUCCGAUUGAUGACGAUCUCAUGUUUCAUCUUCACCCUCUCCCCCCCAACUUCUGCCUUCCUUUCCAAAUAAUAUUGCAGUAUCAUGCACCAGAAUCUUCUCUCUCUCUCUCUCUCUCUCUCUCUCUCUCUCUCUCUCUCUCUCUCUCUAUCUAUCUAUCUAUCUAUCUCUCUCUCUCUAAUAUCAUACACUUAUAUCUUAAUCAGUUCUUGCCCACCUAUUGGCUGGUGGGAUUUAAGAUUGUUAUAUCUUAUCCAAUUAGACCCAGUUUGCUUUCUCUCAUCUUGCUUGAAUUCAUCAAUAGACAUAACAGAGUUAAUUGUUAGAUCAUUACUCAACUUGGUUCCUUGUUUUUUUCUCAAUAGGAAAUGGAACAUGGUGCUUUAGGGCUAAGCAAGGGAGACGAUGAUAUGGACUUGCCACCAGGUUUCCGGUUCCACCCUACCGAUGAAGAACUCAUUACUCACUACCUUUACCAGAAGGUCAUGGAUGCCAGCUUUAAUGCCAGAGCCAUUGGGGAAGUUGACUUGAACAAAUCUGAGCCAUGGGAUUUGCCCUUCAAAGCUGGAACAGGAGAGAAGUCUGGGUACUUCUUCUGCCUCAGGGAUAGGAAGUAUCCAACUGGUUUGAAGACAAACAGGGCUACAGAGGCUGGAUACUGGAAGGCAACCGGAAAAGAUAAGGAGAUUCACCAAGGAAAGUUUCUUAUUGGGAUGAAGAAGACCCUUGUUUUCUACAGAGGCAGAGCACCCAAAGGAGAGAGGACCAACUGGGUCAUGCAUGAAUACAGAUUAGAGAGAAAGGAUCCUUUCUACAACCUCUCUAGAACAGCAAUGAAUGAGUGGGUGAUAUGUAAAGUAUUCCAUAAGAAUUCAGGAGAGAAGAAAGACACACAACUCGCUGGGAUGGGCUCCUGGUUUGAAGAUGGAUUGGAUUCUACUCUUCUAGGUCCAUUGAUAAAUGAUUCCCACAGAAGCAAGAACAAAGCCUCUUCGGCAUCUGUCCCAACUCACGUGACCUGCUUCUCCGAUGCCUUGGAGGGUGAGAUGAGCCAUUGGGAGCUGUUGCAGAAUUGCUACAACUUUGCCUCUCUCUCUACGUCCAGUUCUUCACCAUCAUCACUAAAUCAUUUUGAGAUGUCUCCGCCAGGCUCCUUGAAUACCACCCAUGGGGCUUCUCAGAUCCCAGGUGCCAGUUUGGUGCAAUUGCUUGAGAACAAUGGGUAUAGCAUGGAAAAAAAGAGUUUCAAAAGAGAGAGGGAUAAUAGCAUCACAGCUCUCACAAACAAUUAUAUGGAGAUGCACUUAUUUGAUUGCCAAGAGAACCCAAAUGCUUCAGCAAGGCCUCUGCACCCAGAUGGAUGUUUCUGAGCCACUCGAAGAAAAGGAUUUCAUGCAAGCAAAAAGAUUAAAUUCCAGGAGAGAGAACUGUACAACUGGUGUGUGCAUAUGUAAAUAUUGGGUUCAGUAUGCAGAUUUAGAACUUCAGAAGAUGACAUUAAAUUGGAAUAUUUCGGUGUGACGAUCAAUGUUUUGUAAUGAUAUUUCUUAUAUUGCUUGAAAGCAUUGUUUACGAGUGUCAUCUGGGAGCAUUUCAGCUUAA